CGGGAUGGGAAGAGGGCGGGGGGAAGGAGGGGGAGAGGAGGGAAAAAAGAAGAUCCCCCUUCAGCUCUAUCCUCUAGAUCUAAAGCACUCCUGUAUCCACACAGAUCAUCUCGCCGAACUGCGGGAAGGGCGUGGCAAAUCCCUAAAGCGCUUUUCUGCCCCAUGCCACGUGGGGCGUCGUCAGAAGGGGGGACAUCUUCCAUGAUCUUUGGAAGGCGAGGGGGUUGAGGGAGGACAAGGGGGGAUGUUGCGAAACAAGGAUGAUGGAGGGGCUAGGUUUGUUGGGGGGAGAGGGGGGAAGAGGGUUCGUGUGGCAAGGGAUAGGGAAGGGAGUGAAUGAAGUAGAGAAAGGAGAGGAAGGAGAGGAAGGAAAGGAACGCCAAAAAGGUACAUGAUGAAACCUCCGCCACCCAUCUAUGCUCCAUCGUCUCCGCUCCUCGCUAUUUCCACUAGCUAAUCUGCAAGUCCCUGCGUAGCGCCGAGCUAAAAGAAAAAGCAGCAGCAGCAUGCAAGGAAGAGAGUUAUGAAGUAGAUGGUGCUUCCGAUCAGCAGCGCAAAGCGCUUAGCGGAAACGCGAAGAAAAACUCCAUCGGAGAGGCAUGCAACAACAGUGCGCUAGCUAUGGCGAGAUUCAGAAGCAGAGCGAGGAGGAGGAGAAGCAAGAAGGCGGCGUUUCGCGCGCAGGGGGAUGGGUGAGGCAUAGCAGGUUUGGCGGGGCAGGUGGAGGCGGUCUGCAUCUCUUAGCUAUGGUAGGGUCUUUGUCAUGUUGUUUGGCCGAAGAGGAGCGAGAGGAGGAGCGGGAGCCUGGAGAAGCGAGAGGAGCGGGAGAAGGAGUGGGAGAAGGAGUGGGAGAAGGAGCAGGAGAAGGAGGAGGAGCGGGAGGAGGAGCGGGAGAAGGGGUGGGAGGGGAAACAGGAAGGGGCAAAGGAGGCACAGGAGGAGGAGCGGGAGGAGGAGCGGGAGGAAGAGUGCGAGGAAGAGUGGGAGGAGGAGCGGGAGGAGGAGCAGGAGGGGAAACGGGGAGGGGGUUAACGAAUGCACGGGAGGCGGGUAGGGAGAUUUUUGUCAUGUUGUUUGGCAGAGGAGGGGCGGAAGGAGGAGCGGAAGGAGGAGCGGAAGGAGGAGCGGGAGGAGCCAGAGGAGCGGGAGAAGGAGUGGGAGGAGAGAAAGAAGGAGGAGGAGCGAGAGGAGGAGCAGGAGGAGGAACUAGAGAAGAAGCGGGAGGGGAAACGGGAAGGGGUGGAGGAGGCGCGGGAGGAGGGUCGGCAGAAGGAGAGGGAGGAGGAGCAGGAGGAGGAGCAGGAGGGGAAAUGGGGAGGAGGUUAGGAGCAGGAGAAGGAGCGGGAGGGGAAACGGGGAGGAAGGCUGGCGAGUCACGUUCACACUCUUUCUCCUCCUCUCCCCCUCUUCCACCGCCUUCUCUUUGCCCUCUUCUCUCCCCCCCCUCCUCUUCCCAUCGGGUCCAUUUGUUGUAAUAAAUUGUGACAACUUCUCAGAAAAAAAAAAAGAAGAAGAAAAUUGUGCAAGACAGA